CCAUGGACCCGCGUCGUGAACUACGAGAAGGAGUCCCCAGUUGGUGUGAAAAACGAGCGAUUUGUACGAGGAAGGAAGUAGGUUGUGUGAAAAAAUUCAAGGUGUUCAUGUUUAUGUUCAUUGAGCAACGAUGGAUUCAGCUUCUGUGCAAAUAGUUACGUCCAAAUUUGUUCUUUGCCCAAAUGCUACAACGGCCAAGGUUGCGACUUUCAAGAAGAAUGCAAUCAGUUUCAAAGGAAGUGACACCAAAGUGCAUGCCAUUUCCCCUAAUGGUUCUGUCUCUAGCUACUCUUCGCGUCGGCCUGUGUCAAGUUUAAAGGCAGACGAGAACAAACGCAGAAGUAAUCUUGAAUCUCUGUUUUGUUAUGAUAAGGCUAUUCCAGAAGAAAGAAUUGAGAAGCCUGUUGGGUUAUCUCUGGAAGAGAAAGCUAUUGGUAACAAUCCAAGAUGCACUGAUUGUCAUGCCAAAGGUGCUGUGCUUUGUGCCACUUGUGCUGGAUCUGGUCUAUACAUUGACUCCAUAUUGGAAAGCCAGGGCAUAAUUGUCAAAGUUCGUUGCUUAGGUUGCGGGGGAAGUGGUAAUAUAAUGUGCGCUGAAUGUGGGGGACGAGGUCAUCUGGGACUUAAAUGAUCAUGUCUGACUUUUUGGAGUUUUGUUGUACCACCAAUACGUAAUAGUUUGGUUAAUAUUGCUUGUAAUAAUUUUUUUUUCUUUUUGUAAAUCAAGGAGUCGUUAUGACUGAAACCUACGAUAUCUUACAAAAAUCUCUGCCACUAGCACAAGUGGCUGCCAUAUUUAUUCUUAAUUAUGUGGUUUCUCGAAGUAUUUUCUUUGCUCACAGCGAUGGUUACUUGUAAUAAAUUUACAUGAAAGUUAUAUUCAGUUGAUGAUUUAUUUCUUUAA